AUGACCAAUUGCCCGCGAAAAGCUCCAGUUUUGCCAAGCAGUGACAACGCGGGACGCCUUCGCAUUGGAUGUGUGGCUGAAUCUACGGGAGCGGUGGGGACUCUCGGCGCAUCUCCGGCAUCGCAUUUCUCGACGUGGGUAUAUAUCUAUCUAUCAGGUUCAGACAAGAUGGCAGACCCUAACUUUGCAACCGAUUCUAUCAUCGAGAAGCCGCCGCUCGAGGUAGACGAGUCCGGGCAGCUGCCUGACUUGGGCCAGUCCGUCGACCCCGCGGCCGAGCGGUCUCUUGUAUGGAAGUUUGACCUGCGCAUCCUCCCCGUACUCGCCGUCAUGUACCUCUUCAACAGCCUGGACAAGUCGAACCUUGGAAACGCCAAAACAGCAGGACUAGAAGAAACCCUAAAUCUCAAAGGGAAUCAGUACAAUUUGAUUCUCAGCAUAUUCUUCAUACCCUACGUGCUGACUGCCCCAUUCCUCGGAAUUGCGGGUAAAAUCUACGGUCCUAAUCGUGUCCUGCCCUGCAUGAUGCUCACCUUUGGCCUCUGCACGCUGCUCGUCGUCGCUGUCUUUGACUUUGGCGGCCUUUUGGCCAUUCGGUGGUUUCUUGGUAUGGCCGAAAGUGCUUUUUUUCCUAUCGUGAUCUAUUACCUCACAACAUUUUACCGCCGUGGCGAGCUAGCCAGACGUCUCGCAAUCUUCUACGCCGCCCAAAGUAUCGCGUCUGCGUUCUCGGGCCUGCUUUCCUUCGGCGUGUUCCGUAUCAAAUCCGGACCGUUAGCUUCCUGGCGGUAUCUCUUCCUCAUCGAGGGCGCUGGAACCAUGCUCUUUGCUCUCUUUGCUCUCUGGUAUCUUCCGCGAUCGAGCACCCAGGCGUCCUUCCUCAACGACGAGGAGAAAUCGCUCGCGUACACACGCAUGCAGCUCGAUAGCUCGGCGGUUGUCGACGAGAAAAUCAACAUCCGCGAAUCGCUCGCCAUCUUCAAGCACGGCACGAGCUGGGCCGUCCUCGCAAUCCAGAUCUGUCUCGGCGUGCCCCUGCAGUCCGUGCAGCUCUUCCUCCCCGUCAUCAUCUCCCGCCUCGGCUACGACACCGUCAAGACAAACCUCUACACCGUCGCGCCCAAUGUCUCCGGCGCCGCGGUGCUGCUCAUCCUCGCCUUCUGCAGCGACUGGACGCGGUGGCGGUUCCCCUUCGUCGCCCUGGGAUUCCUCUUCACCUUCAUCGGAAUGGUCAUCUACGUCGCCAUCGACGUGGAGCGCGACAUCAACGUCGCCUACUUUGCAUCCUUCAUGAUGACAUGGGGGACAUCCGCACCCUCUGUGCUCCUCGACGUCUGGUACAACAACAACAUCGCCAGCGAGGGCAAGCGCGUCGUCCUGACGAGCAUCGCCGUCCCGCUGGCGAAUCUCAUGGGCCUGGUGAGCUCGAAUAUCUUCCGCGCGCAGGACGCGCCGAAAUACAUCCCCGCGCUAAUCACCACCGCGGCAUUUGGCGGGACGGGGAUGCUUUUGACCGUCUUGCUGGGUACAUGGAUGGUCUACGACAAUAAGCGGAGGAAUACCGCGCAGGGCAUGUACUUGCGCGCGAGGGAUAUCCCCACGGAACAUUUGAAGGCUGGGCCUGCGAGUCCUAGUUUCAGGUGGUUCUAUUAGACUUUGUUUUUGUUUAUUUUCUUUUUUUUUUUUUUUUCCGAAUGGAAUAUGAAUUCCCUGUGCAAAACUACCUAGGAAUCUACCGUAAAAACCUAUCAGUGCCAUAACCAAGAUGCAUUUGGCAAUAUUAAGGAUAUUUGAAACCACAGGGACAACUCCUAAUAUGAGCAGAGUACCUUGCAC